UAGAGAAAGUCAAAUGUGAAACGUUGAUUCUUCCUCAACUAAUAACUCGGGCGAGAACCAAUUAUAGAGCAUUGAUUCUUCAACUCACAACAUCAGAACGUUACUCACUUAAAAGCUGAACAUUCCACAUCUGUGUGUGUAUCUUAUUUCUUUGAACAUUCCACAUCUGUGUGUGUAUCCUAUUUCAUUGGGACUUGAUCGGUAAUCAUAUUUUCUAAUGAGUGAGUAUCCCAACGCCAAAGGCCGUCUUUUCAGCAUGCAUAAGCUACGAGAAACGUUCAAGAAGUCAAGAGGUCCUGCCAUCGAGGCUCCCUUACCACCCUCCGCUCCCUUCUUAGACGUUCCGAAACAGCUGAGGUCAGCCUCAUUUGAUGAAAUUCGAUUUUCCAAAGAGGAAGAAUUAGGCGAAUAUUCGUCUUCCUAUCUCAGCGUUCCUACUUCUAAGAAUCAGAGGUCUCGUUCUCUAGAUUCAGCUACUAGCACAACAGCUGAUUCUGGAUCUUCCUUAGAUGUCCCCCGAUGGCGGCUACGACGUCGCACUUCGAGCGAAAAGACACAGAGUUCAAGUCAAUGUUUACACUGUCUGUAUCUCGAAGAAUACGCACGAGGUGACUUCUCAAGAGGGUCAAGCCUAAGUGAAAAAUCAUUGUACUUCAGUUCCAGUUCAGAAGCAAUAGAAAGCGAGACAGACGUUGCCAAAAUUGAAGACGGUAAAUUGGGCCCCGCUGACCAGAUUCGUGCUCCUACACACUUGCAUCUAAAAAACUGUCCUGUUGUAGUAACUUUGUCUUCUCCGUCAUCGGAUGGAACGAAAACCAAGUUAGCAUCACCCAUAGCCAGUGACUUGGCAUCUGUUUCUCUUGAAGUACCAUCCCAGUCAAAACAGAUCCGAUCAAUCUCAGUUGAUUCUCCAUUCUUGAACGUUCCUGGUGGAGAAGAAGUAACUGAAGAUGACUUAAUGACAUACCGUUCGCGUUCUGUGGACAUAGUUCUUCCCACUACCACUACAUCUGGAUAUACGGUCCAUACAUCCACUAAGAAAAAAACACUUCAAGAAGAAAGUCGGGAUUCCACUGAGGAUGGAGACACCAGAAUACUUCAGAGCACCCCAGACUGGAGCGAAGCAGCCAACACAGGAGAUCAUCUGUGGGUAUCGACCAGUGCUUCUAGUGACCUGUGCUAUGUAGGAGAGAACGACUGCUCUAAACAGGGCCUGCGAGUUAGAUGUCCUGCUUGCAAAGUGACUCUUCACACCGGUUGCAUCAGCAUUUUGACAGAAAGGAAUUUGCAGUGUAAACCCACGUUCAAAGAUGUUGGAAUUCGACAGUAUCGUGAGCAAACUGUGAUCUUUCACCACUGGGUCCAUCGCCGCCAGCAGAAAGGCAGGUGUCAACAAUGUGGAAAGUUAUUUCAAUCGAAGCUGUCUUUCGGCAAUAAGGAAAUUGUAGCCAUUGGAUGUUCUUGGUGCAAGAUGGCCUUCCAUAACAAAAGCUGCUGUUUCAGCAUUGAAAAACUAAGCGAGCACUGUUCAUUGGGAGUGCAUGCAGAUAUAAUCGUGCCUCCAACUUGGAUUGUCAAACUUCCCAGAAAGGGAUCUUUCAAAUCUUCACUGCGCAGGUCACCGAAAAAACGCUUAUCUACAAAAAAGAGACUGAAAAAGGAGGAUGAUAAAGAGCUGACAAAAACGUUUGUCAUUAAGCCCAUUCCAUCUGUCACAUCAAAGCCAUUACUGGUGUUUUUAAACCCGAAGAGCGGUAGUAACCAAGGCGCCAAACUGAUGCAGAAGUUUCAGUGCUUACUAAAUCCACGUCAAGUAUUUGACCUGACACAAGAAGGACUCUCUCCGGGCUUAGAGCUAUACAAAAAGGUUCCUAAUCUGAGAGUGUUGGCCUGUGGGGGUGAUGGCACAGUUGGUUGGGUGUUGUCCAUACUAGAUGAAAUUGGCAUCUCUCCUCCUGUGUCUGUACUUCCCUUAGGGACAGGAAAUGACUUAGCAAGAUCUUUAGGGUGGGGUGGGGGCUAUACAGAUGAACCUAUAUCCAAGAUCCUUUCCAACAUCCAGGAUGGAGAUGUUAUUCAGUUAGACAGGUGGGAUCUUCUUGUAGAUAAAAACAUAGAUGUGGACCUUUCUACUUGUGAAGAAGGCAAAGAAAAACUUCCUUUAAAUGUAGUUAAUAAUUACUUUUCCCUUGGAGUAGAUGCUCACAUAGCUCUUGAGUUCCAUGAAGCUAGGGAGGCUCAUCCAGAAAAGUUCAACAGUCGUCUAAGGAACAAAAUGUUCUAUGGUCAGGCUGGAGGAAAGGAUUUACUACAAAGAAAAUGGAAAGACCUCUGCAAUUUUGUUACUCUGGAGUGUGAUGGACAAGAUUUGACACCCAGGUUAAAAGAACUACGUAUUCAUGCUAUUCUGUUUUUAAAUAUUCCCAGUUAUGGUGGUGGAACAAGGCCUUGGGCAAUCCCAGGACCAGGUUUUGAUCAACAGAGAACGGAUGAUGGAAUUAUAGAAGUGAUUGGCUUGACCACGUAUCAAUUGCCCUUGCUACAAGCAGGUGGUCAUGGUACAUGCCUUGCUCAGUGUCAGACAGCAAGAAUGGUCACCAACCGUACCAUUCCUGUACAAGUGGAUGGAGAACCAUGCAAGCUUUUGCCAUCAAUUAUCAAUCUUCAUCAUCGCAAUAAGGCAAACAUGGUUGCUCGAGCUAGAAGACAAGGUUUUGUGCAAUCCAUGCCAACUCUAGAAAAGUUAACCAUAGAAGUCAAAAGGCUGAAUAUGAUUGACUAUGAAACCUAUCAUUAUGAUAAAGAGAAGUUACGAGAUGUAUCAAUGUCACUUGGAUCUAUAUGUGUGGAUCUUGACAGCGAUCUGGAACAGCUACGUACUCAUGUUAAUCACCUUCUAGAGGACAAAUUCAAUGCCUCAGUGCCUGCUCAGCUUCCCUCUCAAGACUGGUGCUUUCUUGAUUCUUGUACCGCUGAAAGAUUCUUUCGGAUUGACCGUGCUCAAGAACAUCUCUAUUAUGUUUCUGAUAUUUCCUGUGAAGAUCUAUUUAUUCUUGAUCCAGAAGCUUUUUCCUGUAUGGAUUCUAGUAAUAAAGACGUGACAGAGUGCCUUGAAAAUAUCUGUUCUAAUGCAUCAGUAGUGGUUAAAGCAGAUGGUGAGGAUAAUCAUGAGAUAGCAGAAGAUUUGCUGGAGAGCCCUCUUAACUCAAGGAACAAUACUGAAGCUUUGGCUGAAGAUGUAUUAUCAGCUGUAAAGAAUUGUGACCUUGCUAAGUUAAAAGACUUGCAUCAGAAUGGUUACAGUCUACAAGGUGUCAAUCAACAAGGAAUGACUGCAUUACAUUAUGCUGCUCAACUUGGAUUAAAAGACAUUGUGAGUUAUUUAUUAGCUUCAGGCUUUUCUUCUUCCAUGCUAGACAUGGUAGAUCAUGAAAAAGGGCAGACAGCUCUUCAUAUGGCAGUAAUCAACAAACACAGUGACAUUUGUAACAUGCUAAUAUCAGCUGGUGCAUCUUUACACAAAAUGGAAAAACAGGGAAUGACCCCUAGUCAGCUUGCAAGUAGUGUAGGUUAUCAAGACUUAGCAGAUUACCUUGAGAGUUCUGAAUGCUUGUAUUUUUGGAAAGGGGAAAAGGAAUCAUCUGUAUGAAGGUUUUUAUUUAUAGUCAGAAAGUCAACUUGCUGACUUUAAGGUAUUAUGGAAUCCAAAAGUUUACACAAAUUAUUCAAUGUAUUGAUGAAUAAGCAAGUGUUCCUGUAAAGACCUUAAGGGGCGUAAUUACUUGCUUCAUGUCAGAACAUAUGAGAUAAGAGAGUUUUAAGCUUAAUAUCCUGAUUGGUAUCACAUGGUAGACUAAAUUUUAAAAAUAUGAUUUAGUCACUGUGAAAUCCAGUGAAGCAGAUUAUGAGGCUUAGUGUUUUCAAUCGUUUCUAAAAAGCUGUUUGAUGCAUGUUUUUUAUAAGUUUAUAAAUAUAAACAAUUUUAAUCUAUUAUAUAACUUGUGAGUUCAAACUUUGUAGCUAGAUUUAUAAAAUGUUCUUUAAUCAUAAUUAAAUUCUCAACUUUUCUUUGAGAUACAUUUGUUCCAGAUUCAUAUUGUGUUUUUGUUUUGCUCUUAAAAGAUUCCAUUCCACUUUUUAGAUGAAAGAUAAAGAGUAAGAAUAAAAUAUUAAUUGAUGGGCAGUGUUUUUUGUUCUGUUACAACUAUAAAAUAUUUUUCAAACUAUUAGUUCUAUUGCAAAACUUAUAUUUCUCAAAACAAGUAAUGGGUUUUCAAAUUUGCUAUCACUACAAUAAAUUAUUAAAUUAUAUUGUAUUUGAAAUUAUAGUCGAUAAUGAGAUAUUUUAUUUUGCAUUA